AGCUCGAACUCCAGAAGAUAAUCGAUGCUCAAGCGCGGGAGCUGACUUUGAUGAGCUCCUCCUGGUACGAACUCCAGAACCGAUUACAAAACAACAAUAUCGGCCUGGCCCGGUACCGGAAUGGAUCCCUAGCCGAUGCUCAGAAGGGCUGGCUAGCCAGGCAAAGAAGCGUGGUCGCUGGUCGAUAAAGCUCCGGUUUGUAUGUUGGCGAUAUGGUUUACGUCCUAUCUCUUCUUCGUACAUGUCUUUCUAAUUCUCCCCUUUUAUUUCUUUCCCUUUUUUUUUUCCCGCCAUGUGCAUUUUCCAUUGUUAUCAAGACUGUUGUUAUUGUUGUUGUUAUACCUUUUUCUUUCUACAUACAUAUGUUUUCGUUGCUCGCCGCGCUAUACCAGCUUGUUGCGGCUCAACUACUACGACUACUACUACCCCCCUGGUUUCCGUUGGAGCUUGAUCGGCAUUAUAAACAUAUCAUAUGCACCAUUAUGGCAUUGUUGCAUGGAUUAGACAUGUGUAUAUCUUGAAAGUUUUUCUCUUCCUGAUUUCUAGAGGCAGUUCUGCUUUUGACGUGACGUAGCCCAUAGAUGCAGCUCAUAAAGUAA